GGGGGUGGAGGACGGUCGCGCAGGCGCGCUUAACACCUCCGCCCCCGCCCCUUGCGUUGCGCGUGACUGGAAGGGGAUUCGGCCACCGCCAUUCAGUCAACCGUCGACGCUCGAGCGCGCCGCUGCCAAUCAGCGCCUUGGCCCCGCCCAGUCAGGCCGGGGGCGCGUGUUUCGUACUCCAGCCAAGCGGAGUUUGGAGUCCAGGGCGAAGUCCGAGCGAGGGGCGCGAGCCUCUCCCUCCCUCCCUCCGCCCCGCCCCCUCGAAGGUGUCGCCUUCUGAAGAGCCGCCUGGCCUCCCUCUCUGUCCCCCGGCGCAGCUCCUCCUGACAACAUGCAGGGCUCAAAAAAGCUAGUGAACACAAUCCUGGGUUGUGCAGAUGAUUCAUUGGCUGGGAUAGUGGCAUGCAACCCUCAUCUUCAGAUCCUGCAAGGACACAGAGUGGCAUUGCGUGCUGACUUGGAAAACCUGCAGGGCAAAGUGGCAUUGAUUUCUGGAGGUGGAUCGGGACAUGAGCCUGCACAUGCAGGAUACAUUGGAAAGGGAAUGCUCAGUGGAGUAGUAGCUGGCCCAGUAUUUACUUCUCCUGCAGUUGGUAGCAUUUUAGCAGCAAUUCGGGCUAUGAAAGAAGCUGGAGCAGUUGGGACAUUGCUGAUAGUGAAGAACUAUACUGGGGACCGCCUGAACUUUGGGCUGGCAUUGGAACAGGCACGGGCAGAAGGGGCUGAUGUGGACAUGGUGGUGGUUGGGGAUGACUCUGCUUUCACCAAACAGAAGAAGGCUGGCAGGAGAGGACUAUGUGGCACAGUGCUUAUACACAAGGUAGCUGGGGCUCUUGCUGAAGCAGGGGUUAGUCUGAAGGAAAUCGUUCGAAAAGUUACUGCUGUCAAAAGCCAAAUGGGCACCCUAGGUGUGAGUCUGUCCCCCUGCAGUGUCCCAGGAUCAAUGCCCACCUUCCAGCUUGCUGAUGAUGAGCUUGAACUCGGCUUGGGAAUUCAUGGUGAAGCUGGUGUGCGCAGGAUGAAAAUGACCUCAGCAGAUCAAAUUGUGAAGAUAAUGUUGAAUCACAUGACAAGUCAUUCUAGUGACUCACAUUUGCAGCUCAAGUCUGGUGCACCUGUAGUCUUGGUAGUAAAUAAUCUGGGUGGAUUAUCAUAUUUGGAGUUGGGAGUAGUGGCUGGAUCUGCAGUACGGUAUCUUGAAAAAAAGGGUGUUCAUAUUGCCCGGGCUUUUGUUGGCUCUUUUAUGACUGCAUUGGAGAUGGCAGGUGUUUCCCUUACCCUUCUGCUUGUGGAUGAUGAGAUCUUGAGUCUCCUUGAUUCAGAUACUACAGCUGUUGCCUGGUCACAACCUGCCAAAGUGUCCGUCUCAGGCCAGAAAAGAGAGAGGAUAGCACCGAAGGAGGACCUUGAGGAAGAGGAGUCUUUUCCACCACAAGUGCCACCCUCCCCCUAUGUGAGGCAAGUUCUAGAGAAGGUCUGUGAUAGACUGCUGAGCCUACAGGAGCAGCUGAAUGAUCUGGAUCGGGCUGCAGGCGAUGGGGACUGUGGCAGCACACACGCACGGGCAGCCGGAGCAAUCCAGGAAUGGAUGGAAGCAAAACCUCUGCCAGCUCAGCCCUCUAAGCUGCUCUCUUCCCUUGCAAAGCUAUUGCUGGAGAAGAUGGGGGGUUCUUCAGGCGCGCUCUAUGGACUGUUUCUAACAGCAGCUGCUCAGCCCCUACGGCUUAGUGAUGACUUGCCAUACUGGUCAUUAGCUAUGGACGCUGGUAUUAAGGCCAUGAUGAGGUAUGGAGGAGCAGCACCUGGAGAUAGGACCAUGCUGGAUUCACUUUGUGCUGCUGCUGUAGUACUCAGAGAUCUAAAGAAACCAAAAGCAAAUGCAUUGCAGAUCCUGGCCAAAGCUGUACAGGAGGCUGAAGUUGCUGCUGAAUCUACAAAGAACAUGGAAGCUGCUGCCGGCAGAGCCAGUUACAUCAGUUCAGCCCGCCUAGAGCAGCCGGAUCCUGGGGCCGUGGCAGCCGCCGCAAUUCUUCAUGCAGUUUUGGAAGGGCUGCAGAGUAAACCAUCCCAGUCCAUGAUUCAGAGCGUAGCCUAGAACUUGCUAAAAUGCCAUGCAGCUGUUCUCCUUCUCUUCUGCAGGGCUUUCUCCUUGAAUCACAGUAGCUUCAAAACGAUUCUGUGCUCCUGCUAUUACUUACCCUACACAUACCUGACUGAGAGCCCUCUGGUAGUUAAUUGCUACUGGGGGUUGUUUCCAUGAAUCCACGUAUAAGAAGAGGACUGGGCUUUAUGUUCUUGUUUCAGGAUCAAUCAUUUUUGUAGUGUUUGUGAAUAAGAUGCCUGUUUUUUUUCUUUUUGAAAGCUGGUUCUAUAGCUGUUCCUACACUGUGACCUGUAAGUGAACCUUCCUGUUGAAAGGAUCCGCUGAAGUUUUUGGCAUAAACUAGAUGUGGGAGUUACGUAAGCCACCAAAGGCUAUUGAUCUGCAGGUCCCAGCAUUUCUCACCAGUGGCUAUUGUGGCUAAGGUUGCUGGGAGUUGCAGUUCAUAAUCAUCAGGAGGGCUGCACAAUUCCCAACCUUGACUUAAAGCCCAUUUGCUGGUGUUCUUGAUCAGUACUGCAGCACUUUUAAGCAUUCUCAUUUAACUAUGCCAACUAAGAUUUUAAUAUAUACCCUUCUAUGAUUAGAGCAAGGUAUUUUUAUGAAACACGUCGUAAAUAACUAUGAUCAAGAAUAUCGGGGGGCAAAAUUAGUAGACUUGGCCAGUUUAACUAUCUACCUUAUUAAAAAAUACAUCAGAGACUAUGUAAAA